AUGUUCUGUGUCAGGCAGGUCCUCCAGGAGGGGAGGCACUACCAGUUCAGAGUGCUUCCUUUCGGCCUCUCUCUAUCUCUUCGGGUCUUUACGAUGUACGUUGCGGCAGCUCCUUCCCCGUUGGGGUUGAGAAUCCUGCCCUGUUUGGACGAUUGGCUUAUCUGUGCCCCCACUCGCAAGCAGUCUCUGCGGGAUACAUGUGACCAGUUCUUGCCAGAGAAGUACCAUGUGGUGUGUCUGGAUUUACCGGGACACGAUGGGACAAGCCGUCUCCAAGAUGAAGACUACAGCAUCAACGGACAGGUGUCCAGAAUCCACCAGUUCGUCCACAGGUUAGGGCUGCAGAGCUUCCAUCUCAUGGGGACGUCGAUGGGAGGAAACCUUGCAGGUGUUUACGCUGCACGAUUCCCCAAAGACCUGAUCUCUGUGACGCUGGUGUGCCCCGCAGGUCUUGAGUCGCCGGAGGACACAGAGUUUGUGAAGCGCCUCAAGGUGUUGGAAGUCCAGAAGAACCAAAACCAGGACCAGAGACCAAAGCAGGACCAAGACGAGGACCAGGAUCAGAGACCAAAGCAGGAGCAGAGCGAGGAGUCCAUCGCCCUUAUCCCCAGCUCUGUUCCUCAGUUGCAGGAGAUGCUCAACUUGUGCUGCUACAAACCAUUGCAGCUGCCCCAACAGAUGAUGAAGGGGCUGCUACAGAACAGACUUCCACACAACAAUUUCUAUAAACACUUGUUCGAGUGCAUCAGCUCUCAGGAUUCCAGACACUCGCUCCAGCAGAACCUCCAGAACAUCACCGUCCCUGUGCAAGUGGUGUGGGGCGAGCAGGACCAGGUGCUGCAUGUGUCCGGAGCGUCCCUCAUCCCUGCUGCUCUCCCUCACACACAGGUGGUGCUGCUUCAGGACUGUGGUCACUCUCUGGCCCUGGAGCGUCCGCGCAAACUCGCUAUGCUCGUCCACAAUUUCCUGUCUGCGCAGGAAGGGAAGGACAGCAGCAAAAAGAACCUCUGA